AUGAGCAAGGCCGAAGGCUUCCUCAACCAGGCUAGCUCUGGAAACAACAGCAACAACAGCAACAACAACAACAACAACAGCUCCAGCAACUCUUUCGAGCAGGGCCUCGACAGCUCUGUCGACAAGUUCGCGGACCAGUAUGCUCCAUCCGGUGCCCAGAGUGCCAUCAACUCGGGCCUGAACAACGUUGUCAACAACGAGGUGAACAAGUUCUUCUAA